AUGCGCACGUGCAUAUUAUAUGCUGACUUCAGGCGAUUGGCCGCUGAGGAAGACGACGAACUUUCGGAAGUUCAACCGGACGCGGUGCCACAAGAAGUCAGAGAUUGGCUUGCAUCUACAUUCACGAGACAGAUGGCUUGUACAAGGCGCAAGGGUGAGGAAAAACCCAAAUUUAAGUCCGUCGCACACGCUAUUCGUGCUGGAAUAUUCGUUGACCGCAUGUAUCGCCGUGUGAUCAACGCUCCGAUGAUGACGUUCCCACCAGAUGUCAUCGAAGUGCUAAAGGACAUUAAUGAUUGGUCUUUUGACGUAUAUAAGCUGAACAAUUACGGAAACGGACAGCCACUCAAAUACUUGGGAUAUGACUUGCUCAAUCGCUAUGGAAUAUUCCAAAAAUUUAAAGUGCCAUCGGUAGUUAUGGAGAACUUUUUGUGCAGAAUCGAAGAAGGCUACUCAAGACACAAAAAUCCGUAUCAUAACAAUUUACACGGUGCUGACGUUGCACAAACUGUACAUUAUAUGCUUUGUCAAACUGGACUAAUGAAUUGGUUGAGCGAUUUGGAAAUAUUUGCAAUGCUAAUCGCUGCAAUUACACAUGACUUCGAACACACUGGAACCACAAACAACUUCCAUGUAAUGUCUGGUACAGAGAUUGCUCUAUUAUAUAAUGACCGCGCUGUAUUGGAAAACUACCAUAUCAGUUCCACAUUCAGAAUAUUAAAAGAUGAUGACUGUAAUAUAUUACAAAAUCUUACCAAAGAAGAAUUCCGUGAGUUCCGUACACUAGUCAUAGAUAUGGUGUUAGCAACAGAUAUGAGUUUCCAUUUUCAACAAUUGAAAACUAUGAAGCAGCUUUUAGCAUCACCAGAACCUACAAUCGACAAAUCUAAAGCAAUGUCAAUGGUUUUGCACUGCGCUGAUAUAUCGCAUCCCGCCAAAGAAUGGGAUUUGCAUUACAGGUGGACAAGCCAAUUGUUGGAGGAAUUCUUUUUGCAAGGAGACAUGGAGAAAAAACUAGGACUCCCAUUCAGUCCGUUAUGUGACAGAAAUAAUACACUAAUUGCUGAGUCCCAAAUCGGAUUCAUUGAGUUCAUAGUUGAACCAAGCAUGACCGUUUGUAGUGACAUGUUGGAGUUAAUUUUGGGUCCAAUCAAUUUAGUUAAUGGAUCCAAGACUGUUGAUACCAGUUUGGUGGUUGACGACAGUGAAGAAAAAACAGAUAAAUCAAACCAAUCUGACGUAGCUAUCGCUUGCACAGCAAUGAGCUGCAGCAUUGGAGAUAACAAAGAUAGUAUAAAAGAAGAUAAAGAUAUGAAAAGUAAUAAAGAUGUAAAUGAUACUAAAGAAACUCAAGAUUCCAAAGACAAAUAUAACACGCCUUCUACAAGCAAGGAAACAAAACAUGAAGAUACUGAAAAAGAAUCAAAACAAGAAACUAAAGCUGAAGACCCCAAAUCUAGCAACAAAUUGUAUAAAAUAAAAAAGCCAUGGAAUGAUUGUUUGGCCAUAAACAAGAUGAAGUGGAAGGUGCAAGCAGCAAGAGAAGCAAAACUCAGAGAGUCAAAAACGAAAUAUACGAUGCGUGAUAUUAGAAUGCCACUUCCUGGUGAACUUGUAGAAGAUGAAGACAAAUCGUCUUCGACAGAUGUAGAGAAAAAUUGAAUAAUAUACCAUGCUGCAGUUUGAUUUUUAGCCAUAUGAAUUUUAAAAUAUAAUUAGACUUUCUUUAAAUAAUUUGAAAAUAUUAGCAUAAUAUUGUAAAUAUUUAUCAGAGGUAGGUACUCCUCUUAAAUUUGAGACAGUAAAAAAUGAUUUAAAUUAAAAUAUAAGCUCGCUUUUAAAUAGAUAGGUAUAUAAGAGACAGUUAACUUGUAUAUAUUUGUGUUUGUAUUUGGUGUGUGUGUUUGCGGGUGUA